CUUUAAGACCAUGGUUGCAUCCUGCCAUUCACCGAAAAACAUGAAUAAAAUCCUCAAAAGGAAAGAAACAAUACAUGUAGUUUUCAAAUCCAAACAUAUUAUAGCCAUGUUUAUAUGACAGAUAAAGGAAAAGGAACGUGUUUGUUUGCGGGCUCAAGUACGAUCUCGCAUGAGAAGGAACCCCAAGAUGGCGCAGGAAAGAAAGGAAAGAAAAAAGCUUUCAAAGAAUCUUUUAAAAAUGAAGUUCAUGCAACGAACGGAAGAAGCAAAAUUACGUCAAAAGUUAGAAGAAGAAGAGAAACGAGAGAUCGAUGAAACACACUGGGUACUUGAUAACGAAGAAAGCGCUAAGGAUGUGAAUGUUUGGGAAUACGAGCCAAGCUUUGUUGUUUGCGAAAACCUUCUUCCAACUGGAAGAAUGUCAUUUAAGAAAUUCAAUCCCACCAUUGAAAAGUUAUUUAAAGAAAUAGUUGCUCAAAAGGAACUAGCUGAAUGUGAAGAUCGCGAAAGGGAGGAAUGUGUUACAGAUGAGCAAAUGGUUGAAAGGUUUAAUUCCUUGAUUGACACAGUUGACAAGAAAUUCAGUGCCAAGAGGAAGCGUCAAAAUGUUGCACAUGAGAAGAAGCCGGAACAAGCCAGACUAUCUAAGAAACAAAAGAUGAAAUUUAAGAAACCAAAAGAAGAUUGAUCAUAUUAUCAUAUUAUAACAUUUUAUGCAAUUCACGAGUGACCAGAAUUCUCGUACAUUGUGGAAGUUUACGAUAAAGUACUGAAUGAAUUGAUCAACAUCCUUUGUAAAUAGACAAAACAUUUUAUUAUAAGUAAACUUGUGAAGAGAGUAA